UUGCCCACUGCAGGUGCUAUUGUGUGACACGGAACAUGAUUUGAGGUGAUUUAAGGGGGGGGUUUGCAGCGAUUGUAUAUACAGAAUGAGAUUCCCCAUUUUGGCCUCGCUGGCACUUGUACCAAUUCAGGUGUUGUCCGUACAAUUACCUCUGAAGCCGAUGGUCAACCAAGCCCCAAUGGCUAUACCGGGCACCGCAAAGGACUCCCCCCUUGCAGAGGAGACGAGAAAAGAGCUAUGGGGACUACACAAAUCCCUGGUCAACAUCGAAUCUAUCACAGAGAACGAAAAUGAGGUGGCUAAGUGGCUCGAAAGCUAUCUGCAGCAGCGAGGUCUCAAGACGGAGCUUCAGGAAGUCUCGCCGGACCGCUUCAACGUCCUGGCUUACCCUGAGGGCCGUCGAGAAAGUCGGGUCCUGGUGACUUCUCAUAUUGACACGGUUCCUCCGUUUUACCCGUGGGAAUACAACGAAUCUACCAAUGUCGUCUCGGGCCGUGGCUCGGUGGAUGCGAAAGGAAGCGUGGCAGCCCAGGUUAUUGCUGCGUUAGACGUUGUCAAAGGGUACAAAGCGACGCAGAACGCGGAACCAUCCCUUUCAUUGCUUUACGUCGUCGGGGAAGAGACGGGGGGCGACGGGAUGGCGCACUUUUCUUCGCACAAACCCUGCAACUACGCCUCCGUGAUCUUCGGCGAGCCGACGGAAGGCAAGCUUGCGAGUGGACAUAAAGGGAACCUUGGCUUGAAAUUGAUGGCGAAAGGGAAGGCCAGUCACAGCGGCUACCCAUGGUUAGGGCUGAAUGCCAUCGAUAUUCUGAUCGAGGCCUUGCGCGUCCUCAAAGGCCUGGUCGGGACGUUUCCAACCAGCGACAAGUACGGCGAAACCACGCUCAAUAUCGGAAAGAUCGAUGGCGGGGUCGCCGCGAACGUGGUUCCGGCAGAGAGCCACGCUCUCCUUGCAUUCCGGCUCGCGACCGGCUCCGCUCCAGCGCAAAGGGAGCGAAUCUUAGCCGCAAUUGAGACGGUCCAGCAGAGAGCAGAGGAGAGAGGGGGUGGGCUGGAGACGGAGUGGGAAGCGGAGGGAUAUGGACCUAUGGAUUUGGACGCCGAUGUGCCUGGAUUCGAGACGAUGGUUGUGAAUUAUGGAACGGACAUCCCGAACCUGGCGGGAGACCAUAAGAAGUAUUUGUAUGGUCCUGGGAGCAUCCAGGUUGCUCACGGGCCAAACGAGGAGCUCACUGUAUCGGAGCUGGAAGAAGCUGUCAAGGGAUACAAGACUUUGAUAGAACACGCGCUGGAAGAUACCAGUUAAGAAUCGUGGCUGCUUUACACAUCGUAUAUUACAUUGUGCAA